CCCCCACAUUCCAUCGUGAUUAACAAGAGAGAAAAGAGCUCUCCCUUUUUCUGACUUGUUACUGCCGCCGCCGCCUCCGGCGGCUUCCCGUUCUCCCUUCUUUCUUCCUCUCUCCUUUCUUUUCUUUCUCCCUCUCGGCCCUACACCGCCGUCGCUGCAGUGAGCGCGGCGGCGCACCGCCGCCAUGCACCACCAUUCUCCCUUCUCUCUCGCUCGGUCCGCCACUGCCACGGAAUCCGCCGUCACCGCUGUCAGCCCGAGCCGCCGCUGCCCUCUCUCCCUAUCUUUCUCUCUCGCGGCGCUGCCUCCUCGCCCAACACCACUACCGCCGCCUCGCCGUUCUCCGAGAGGUAAGAUUUGUAAAGGUCUUGAAAUCAUUGAAUCGGUGACAUAUCGGAAUUGUGGGGCUGUCCUCGUGUCCAUGGGGUGCCUAAGUCCAUUCGCCGGAAUCCGGCAGAUUCAUCUCCUCAAGUCAUUUGGGAAGGUGGUGAUGCUCAAAGGCGUGUCGGACUUAGUUGGGACGCGAGCAUUUGUAGUCAAGUGGAAUGUUCGAGACUUGCACCCCUCUCUCACUUCCGAUUGGAUACGAGCACGACCGUUUUAAGGGUUGUCCGGACUUGCACAUUUCUCUAAUUGUAAUAGAUUAGGAAUUCGAUAAAUUUGUAUAAUAGUACAUUAGCGGACUUCGGAGAUGUGCCGGACAUUAUACACUUUUAUUUGGUGUUACUCUUUUAGUCUU